GCCCCGUGCCUCCAGCCCGCCAGGAGCGCCCUCGCAGUGGCCGCCUGCUCCGCCGCUCGCCGCCCGCGGGUUCCAUUGAGAAAAGCCGAGCGGCGGCGAGUGCGCGGGAGCGGAGGAGCCGGCACCCGCUCGCCGGGCAGUCCGCGCGCCCGCAACGCAGGACCGUGGCCUCUCGGGCCUCCGCGGCAGCUCCAGCGGCUCCGGGGCUGGGCGCGCGGGCUGGGGGCGCGGGCCGGGGCGGCCGCGGAGACCGGGGGCCGGGGGCAUGAGCGGUCCCGCGGCCCCGCCGCGCCCCCGCCGCCCGCCGCCGCCCGCCCGGGGCUAGAGGCGGCCGCCGGGAGGGCGCGCGGCGCCGGAGACAUGUCCAGGAGGAAACAGAGCAACCCCCGGCAGAUCAAGCGUUCCCUCGGAGACAUGGAGGCCAGAGAGGAGGUGCAGUUGGUGGGUGCCAGCCACAUGGAGCAAAAGGCCACAGCACCUGAAGCCCCGAGCCCUCCCAGCGCAGAUGUUAACUCACCCCCACCGCUGCCGCCCCCCACAUCCCCAGGAGGCCCCAAGGAGCUGGAAGGACAGGAACCAGAACCCAGGCCCACAGAGGAAGAGCCGGGCAGUCCCUGGAGCGGGCCAGACGAGCUGGAGCCGGUGGUGCAGGAUGGGCAGAGGCGCAUACGGGCCCGACUCAGCCUCGCCACGGGCCUGUCCUGGGGCCCAUUCCACGGGAGUGUCCAGACCAGAGCCUCAUCCCCCAGGCAGGCGGAGCCGAACCCAGCCCUGACCCUGCUGCUGGUGGACGAGGCCUGCUGGCUGAGGACGCUGCCCCAGGCCCUGACUGAGGCCGAGGCCAACACAGAGAUCCACAGGAAGGAUGACGCACUCUGGUGCAGGGUCACCAAGCCGGUGCCUGCGGGGGGACUCCUGAGCAUGCUCCUCACGGCCGAGCCCCACAGCACCCCCGGCCACCCUGUGAAGAAGGAGCCAGCAGAGCCCACGUGCCCAGCCCCUGCACACGACCUCCAGCUCCUGCCGCAGCAGGCCGGGAUGGCCUCCAUCCUUGCCACUGCAGUGAUCAACAAAGACGUCUUCCCCUGCAAGGACUGUGGCAUCUGGUACCGCAGCGAGCGCAACCUGCAGGCGCACCUGCUCUACUACUGCGCCAGCCGCCAGGGCACCGGCUCCCCGGCCGCGGCCGCCACAGACGAGAAGCCCAAAGAGACCUACCCCAACGAGCGCGUCUGCCCCUUCCCCCAGUGCCGCAAGAGCUGCCCCAGCGCCAGCUCCCUGGAGAUCCACAUGCGCAGCCACAGCGGAGAGCGGCCUUUCGUGUGCCUGAUCUGCCUGUCGGCCUUCACCACCAAGGCCAACUGCGAGCGGCACCUCAAGGUGCACACGGACACGCUGAGCGGUAGGCACCGCAGGGGCCGGGGGGUGUGUGGGUCCGGCCCCCCGCCCUGGGCCUUGACCACCUCGCCAUGGCCCACAGGUGUCUGCCACAGCUGUGGCUUCAUCUCCACCACAAGGGACAUCCUCUACAGCCACUUGGUCACCAACCACAUGGUCUGCCAGCCUGGCUCCAAGGGUGAGAUCUACUCGCCAGGGGCCGGACACCCAGCAACCAAGCUGCCCCCAGACAGUCUGGGCAGCUUCCAGCAGCAGCACACGGGCCUGCAAGGCCCCCUGGCCUCCGCGGACCUGGGCCUGGCGCCCACCCCCUCGCCAGGACUGGACAGAAAGGCCGUGGCCGAGGCCACCAACGGAGAGGCCAGAGCGGCCCCCCAGAAUGGAGGCAGCAGCGAGCCCCCGGCGGCCCCCAGGAGCAUCAAGGUGGAGGCGGAGGAGGAGCCGGAGGCGGCCCCCAUCCUGGGCCCCGGAGAGCCUGGGCCCCAGGCCCCGUCGCGGACGCCGUCGCCGCGCAGCCCCGCCCCGGCCAGGGUCAAGGCCGAGCUGUCCAGCCCCACGCCGGGCUCCAGCCCGGUGCCCGGCGAGCUGGGCCUGGCCGGGGCCCUGUUCCUUCCGCAGUACGUGUUCGGGCCCGACGCGGCGCCCCCCGCCUCCGAGAUCCUGGCCAAGAUGUCCGAGCUGGUGCACAGCCGGCUGCAGCAGGGCGCGGGCGCGGGAGCCGGCGGCGCGCAGACUGGGCUCUUCCCGGGGGCCCCCAAGGGCGCUACGUGCUUCGAGUGCGAGAUCACCUUCAGCAACGUCAACAACUACUACGUGCACAAGCGCCUCUACUGUUCAGGCCGCCGUGCGCCCGAGGACGCGCCUGCCGCGCGCAGGCCCAAGGCGCCCCCCGGCCCGGCCCGCGCGCCCCCCGGCCAGCCCGCCGAACCCGACGCGCCGCGCUCGUCCCCGGGCCCCGGAGCGCGCGAGGACGGGGCUGGGGGCGCGGCCACGCCCGAGGACGGCGCGGGCGGCCGGGGCAGCGAGGGCAGCCAGAGCCCGGGUAGCUCCGUGGACGACGCGGAGGACGACCCCAGCCGCACGCUGUGCGAGGCAUGCAACAUCCGCUUCAGCCGCCACGAGACCUACACCGUGCACAAGCGGUACUACUGCGCCUCGCGCCACGACCCGCCGCCGCGCCGACCGGCCGCGCCCCCGGGACCCCCUGGGCCGGCCGCACCCCCGGCCCCCGCUCCCGCCGCGCCUGUGCGCACGCGCAGACGCCGCAAGCUCUACGAGCUGCACGCGGCCGGCGCCCCGCCCCCCCCGCCGCCCGGCCACGCCCCCGCGCCCGAGUCGCCGCGGCCCGGAAGCGGAAGCGGCCCCGGCCUCGCCCCUGCGCGCUCGCCCGGCCCCGCCGCCGACGGCCCCAUCGAUCUGAGCAAGAAGCCGCGGCGCCCGCUCCCCGGAGCCCCGGCACCGGCGCUGGCAGACUACCACGAGUGCACGGCCUGCCGCGUGAGCUUCCACAGCCUCGAGGCCUACCUGGCGCACAAGAAGUUCUCGUGCCCCGCUGCGCCACCGCCCGGCGCGCUCGGGCUGCCCGCCGCCGCCUGCCCCUACUGCCCCCCGAACGGCCCGGUGCGCGGGGACCUGCUGGAGCAUUUCCGCCUGGCGCACGGCCUGCUGCUCGGCGCGCCCCUGGCCGGCCCGGGGGUAGAGGCCCGGACGCCGGCCGACCGCGGCCCCUCGCCCGCUCCCGCCCCCGCCGCCUCCCCGCAGCCCGGGUCCCGUGGCCCCCGGGACGGCCUCGGCCCGGAGCCCCAGGAGCCGCCGCCCGGCCCGCCGCCGUCCCCGGCCGCCGCGCCCGAGGCCGUGCCGCCCCCGCCGGCGCCCCCCACCUACUCGGACAAGGGCGUCCAGACCCCCAGCAAGGGCACGCCGGCGCCUCUGCCCAACGGCAACCACCGGUACUGCCGUCUUUGCAACAUCAAGUUCAGCAGCCUGUCCACCUUCAUCGCCCACAAAAAGUAUUACUGCUCCUCGCACGCCGCCGAGCACGUGAAGUGAGCGCCCACACUACAGCCGCAGACGCUUUGCACGCCCCCCUGCGAUGCGGGGAGGGGUCGCCCCCAGGCCGCACGGACUCUCGCUCCUGGGAACCCCGCCACGCACAGGCCUCGGCGGAGGGGGCCCGCAGGGGGCAGCGCCCGCCUGGACCCUUGGCACUUAAUAAAGAAGUUCAGUUUGA